AUGGUUUUUGCCCAGAAUACAUCGCGAAGAAAGCGUCCCAUGUGUCACAGGUGCGGAUCGACUAUGGCAGGCCAUACACGGAAGAACAAUAUGUUCAUCUGUCCUGGGCCUGCUGAGAGUAAAUCACACCUUCUUUUGUCCCCCGACUCCCCCCCACCUACAUACGAGUUCCACGGCUUCCAGGUUCCACCUGGCGACCGCUGGCACUGGCGAAACCCUAAUUGGGUCUCGCCACCGCGCGAGAGACCACAUGAGAAGGCUCAUCGCGAUGUGUCCCUCACACCUACAGAGCCUCUGUCCGAUGAAGGGCCAGGAAAAGAAAACAUUUCGCCCUUCCCUAUGGAGCAUUCUCCUAGUCCUGACUAUACAAGCGACGACUGGGCCGGUAGUUCGGACUCUUUGGACUACUAUCCCAACUUUUCCAUCAAGGAGGAAUCCCCCGAACCGCACCUUAACACGGCCCUCCGUGGAGGCACGCCAUUGUACAGCGUGUACCGCGUCCCGCGUCAAGACGUUCCAAAAGUCCAACGGACUGCACAACGCGAGGGGAAACUCUUUAGCGUGAUGACAGCCCCUCCUGCGCACCUCGCCAAAAUCCCGCGUGAGAAAUCGCGAGAGACGGUGUGGGUCAUUCUCAGUGAUCGUGAGGAAGACCUCCAGUAUGCAUCAAUGUAUAGUAUUCCUGGUGGGCUGGCGGUUCAAGAGAACUUGCGAUCAGCCGGUCAUGGAUUUCUUCAGAUGGCAUUUGCGGGGAUUAUCGGUGGCCUUGUCGUCACCUACGGACGGGCCCUCUUGUAG